AUGGUCAUAUCAAGUCACGGGGAUGUGAUUGUUGAAUAUGCGGAUCGGGACCAGGAUGGGCUCCCUUCUGCGUCGUCUAUAUCUCGGUGGCUAGUCGCCAGUGAGGACUUGAUACACAACAGUCCUUAUUUCCGGGCUUUGCUUGAUCCGAAUAAAUUCUCUGAGGGGAGGGAUUUCAUGAAGCAAAAGGCAGACUUGAUUGCUGUAGCUGCAGAAUCAAGGACAAAUGAUGAUGGAGAUGCAACAGAUCCAUUGUCGAUGUUAUCACCAUUAUUGUCCUCUGAUGCGGACGCAUUAAGGGCAAUCCCUACUCUCAGCCUCUCAGUGGACGAAGUCACCCAGCGCCUUGGUGUAAACACCAUUGAGCUCUUCCUCAGGGUCCUAUCCUACCCGUCUCUGGGAAACACGCAAAAGCGCGUUUUCAAUAAUGCACUGAAACCACUUCCUCCAUCUGUCAUCGCCAGACUAAUCCACCUUGCGGAUACGUUUAAUUCCCCACAGGUUGUCCGAGAAGCGCUUAAAAGAUCGGGAUAUGCGUAUGGAAAGGGGAGGGUUUCGGUGACGAAGUUCAAUCAGUCGUUGUUGAAAAUGAGCGAGGAUCGUAUUCGACAUAUUAUAUACAUUGCGCACUUUCUCGAUGAACCAACUGUUUAUCAGGUCAUGACGCAUACAUUGGUUGUGCUUGGAUCAAAGUAUUGGAUUAAUGGAGUUGAAGCUCCUUCGGAUCCUGAAGAUGGUACUUUUCGGUGGCAGUACUUCGCGGAUGGUCUCGAAGAAGAACUAUUCCACAGACGCCAAUACGUCCUUAACACAAUCACAGAUCUUCAAGCCUACUUCCUGCGCGCUUACGGUGCCCUCGAAGAAACAACCGGCCCCAAACCAUCAACUACAAACCACCCCGUAACAGUACCCGCAACAUCGACAACAAUCCGUCCUCGCGAAUUCCAAUGUCGUUGCGGAAUGGGCAACUCCAACGCUUGCGAUGCGUUCCAUCUAGGACAAAUGGUCCGAUUUUUUGCGCUCCGCACGAAGACAAUUUUCUUGGGAUCGAGUCUUCUUGAUCCGGAUUUUACGGUGGAUUCUGAUGAUGAGGGUGUACCACAAACUACGGUGUCAGCCGGACCACCAGCUGACAUAACAGCAAUCAUCGCCUCCAUAAAACAAUUCCCAGACUACCAAAUCGACCCCAACCACACAGGCUGCGGUGUCAGACGACGCAUCAUCCCUUCCCUGGAUUGUGUUGAGCGGUUUGUUGGUGAUGGCAGGGGUUUACUAGGUGUCUCGCUACGACAAGAGAAUAAUAGAGUGCCGCUUUCUGCAAGAUCGUGGACGAAUCGAUCCCUGAGACGAGCGCAGCAAGUCGAUGUACGUCUCUCGAGAAUUAGUGGGAUACAUUACUCGCCUCCGUCCUCGGAGCGCACUGCCUCUCAGGAAGAAGAUGCGCGGUUAUUCUUUACCGCGAAGAAACGGCAUUGGGAGGCUUAG